CGAAGAACGUCACAUCCGGUUAGUGGACCCGUGGAAGUUUGAAGAUGUUUACAUUGGGAAGACUCAGCUGGCUCUGGUGCCUAAGUGUCUGUGGAGUGUUGCCGGACACUGUUCGCCUAGUGGGCGCAGGAAUGCUUUUCCCCCGGGAGUCUUCUUCACGGGAAGUGAAGGACCUGAGCGGGUUGUGGAGCUUCAGAGCGGACAAGUCGCCAAACAGGAACCAAGGCUUCGAGAAGGCUUGGUACAAAAGUCGCCUGGCUGAGACGGGCCCUGUGAUGGACAUGGCCGUUCCCGCCAGCUUCAACGACAUCACGCAGGACCCCAAACUCCGAGAUUUCAUUGGCUGGGUGUGGUACGAGCGAGAGGCGGUGGUGCCCGCCCGCUGGGUCACAGAUGAAGGGACAAGAACGGUUCUCCGAGUGGGAAGUGCUCACUAUUACUCAGUGGUGUGGGUCAACGGGGUGAAAGUGACCGAGCACAACGGUGGCCAUCUUCCCUUUGAGGCGGAGAUCGGCAGCGUGCUCCGAGAGGACCCGGCGAGCCCCUGCAGGAUCACCGUCGCGGUCAACAACACUCUCACGCUGGAGACGCUCCCUCCUGGAACCAUCCAGUACUUCAAUGACCCCACCAAGUAUCCGGAUGGCUUUUUUGUGCAAAACAUCAACUUUGAUUUCUUCAACUAUGCUGGGAUUCACCGUCCUGUAUUGCUGUACACUACUCCCAAGGCUUACGUAGAUGACAUCACAGUGAUGACGGAUUUCUUGGAUGGCACAGGUCUUGUCAAGUACAAGAUAUCGGUCCAAAAUGCUGCUGAAGCCACCGUGAAGGUCACGUUGAUGGAUAAUGACAGACACUGUGUGGCUUCGUCCAGCGAGCCAUCUGGACUGCUGAAAUUCAGCGAUGUCAAACUCUGGUGGCCGUACUUGAUGCAUGAAAAUCCGGCUUAUCUUUACUCUUUGGAGGUUCACUUGAUGGCAGCAGAUGAAAGGUCAACAUAUACAGAUGUGUAUACUCUACCGGUCGGCAUCCGCACUGUUCGUGUCACCGACACCCAGUUCCUCAUCAACAACAAGCCCUUCUAUUUCCAUGGAGUCAACAAGCACGAGGACUCUGACAUUCGAGGUAAAGGCUUCGACUGGCCCCUGAUCGUCAAAGACUUCAACUUGAUGAAAUGGUUGGGUGUCAACUCGUUCCGCACCAGCCACUACCCCUACGCGGAAGAGAUUCUGCAGAUGUGCGAUCGCCAUGGCAUUGUGGUCAUCGAUGAAUGCCCGGGGGUUGGCAUCAAAGACAUUCGUAGUUUCGGCAACGCCUCCCUGGCGCAUCAUCUUGAUGUCAUGGAUGAGCUCGUGCGUCGGGACAAGAAUCAUCCCUCUGUGGUCAUGUGGUCAGUAGCCAAUGAGCCAGCGUCGGAGAUGCCGCCUGCUGAAUUUUAUUUCCACGACAGCCGAAGAUCGGGAGCAAAUACGGCGGAUGGGUUGAAUCGACAGCGGGACUUUCUCAUCUCGUGGGCAUUUGAACUCGCAUUGAAGUUUGCUCAACGGUUAAGGACUUUGAUAGCACAUACUAAAGAUCUGGACCCCACCCGGCCCGUGACUUAUAUCACAGAUAGUAACUAUGCCAGAGACAGAGGGGCCCCCUUUGUGGACGUAAUCUGUGUGAACAGUUAUUUCUCCUGGUACCACGAUCCAGGCCACGUGGAGGUCAUCCCAAUCCAGCUCAACACCCAGUUCGAGAACUGGUACGGAAAGUACCAGAAGCCCAUCAUCCAGAGUGAAUACGGAGCGGACGCUGUGCCGGGCCUUCACAGUGAUCCGCCCGUGAUGUUUACCGAGGAGUACCAGAAUGUGGUCUUGCGGAGCUACCACGAUGUGUUUGACCAGAAGAGGAAGAAAUAUGUCAUUGGCGAACUCAUCUGGAACUUUGCCGACUUCAUGACUGUUCAAGGGAUCACACGUGUGGUGGGCAACAAGAAAGGUGUCUUCACCAGGCAAAGACAACCCAAAGCCGCAGCGUUCAUCCUGAAGGAGAGAUACUGGAGGCUCGCGAAUGAAACUGGGAAGAUACCUCCCUGGACCCAACAUCCUUGUGGGCUCUGACACCCACCGCGUAAGCGUCGUUUCACUGCUAACAUUUCAUCUCGUUUGAGUGACUGUUCACCAGAUCUAUUGAAUCACCAGCAAAAUCGUUAGGAAUGUAUCAAUGAAUAAGUGUCUUAUCAGUAAUGCAAAUAGCUGCUUGAUGUUUUGAUUCACCUGGAGGAAUACUGAGGAAAUGGUUGGGCUUCAACAGGUGGAAAAAAAAAAAACACGCUCUCGCACUCUUCUUGUAGACACCGAGUGUGAUCAUUCCUAUGUCAGCUCCUCAAUUUUCUUCAGUGUUUAAAGAUUUCUUCAUCAUUGUGGGGUUAUUAUUUGUUAUACUUGUGUAUUUUUAAUGAGUGAUUGUAUAAAACAUAAGACGAAUUUCAGGAAGAUUAAGAUAUGGAUAAAAACGACUCAUUUUGCAUAUUUUUGCCUAACAAGGCAAAACUUCUCAAGAACUGAUCAUUGUUGAUGCUAAUAUGUAUUUAAAAAAAAAAAAAACAUUGACCAUCAUAUUAAAUUGGAUCCAUACAUUUCA